AUGACUCCCGAUGAGAAUGUUCUGAAGUCUGUGGAGAAUAAGGAGCCAAGAAAGUCGACAGUCAAGGAUCUUGCGAAGAAAUUUGACAUCAUCAAGCCUAAUUUAUUGGUUCAGGGAACCAAGGUCGUCUCUAGGGAUUAUGACGACGCUGAGGGAAGGCUGACCAAGUCAGAAUUGGAAGAACUGAAGACUCGCCUGGAAAAACUUCAUCUUUUGCUGGAUGGCAGCCAGCGUGAUGAAGUCGGCUCAAUCUUGGAGAUUGUUGGCAAGGCUUUGCGCCGGAGGUCCAGCGAUCGCUCGGAAAACAAAUGGACGGAAAUUUCGCUUAAGUCAACAGACCUGCAAAACCAGGGAGAUGAUGAUGCGCUUUUAUCCCUGCUCGCAUCAAAAGGGGAGGAGGUUUCGCGUCUUAAGGCAGAAGUGAUGGAGCUCAAGUCUCGCAUGGUGGGCGAGCGAGGGAUUAUGAGAUACGAGAUUCAAGGAAGUGAGGAGCUGGGGAGCCUCCUGUUCGUGGUUGCAUUGUCUGAUGAUGUGGCGCACCCAUCCCAGUGCAACAUUCGCUGGUAUCGAUCCAGCAAAGAUGGGAGGCAUACUCAGCUUAUCAUAGGCGCGGAAGGGACUAUGUAUGCAACCGAGCCUGAAGAUCUGGGCUGCGUCAUUCAGGCGGCAAUUGAGUCAUCGUCAGCUUGUCAGGGAAUCAUGUUUCUGACAACAGGGGAGAUCCAACCAGGGAGCAUGUACGAGACACUGCUGGCUCAGACGGUUCUUCUUAAUGACGUCCAGUUUUCGGUCGUCAUAUGCAACAAUGAUGGGAGCACAACUGCUAACGUCGAUCAAGCUCUGUUGCGAAUCAACAAGGCGCGGGUGAAACUGGUCACCACCUCAAACUCGUUGAUCAGGAGAGAGUCGUAUAACCAGGCAAUGCAGUUUUAUGGGCUUCGGUGGAGCACCAAUUCUUCUUCUCUUGGUGCAUGCUGGGUACCGCGCAAGGGUGUGAUGUUCAACAUCAUGUUCCAGUCCAUCACAGAGAGGAACAUAGCCAUCCAAGUAGCAAGGAGCUAUGCCAGCAAACUGAAGAUUGAUGUAUCGGGCCCAGAAGGACAUUUCCAUGGUCACGAUGAAUGA